AUGGCAGGCCUUCACUCCCGCCUCACCACUUUUCUCCUUCUCCUCCUCUCUGCCCUCCCCGCCAUCGCCGCCGCCGCCCCCUCCUCCGGCUGCGGUAAAGGUCCCACCCUCCGCAACGGCCAAACCGUCACCACCAACAUCAACGGCAAAUCGCGUCGCUACACCGUCCGGCUUCCGGACAACUACAACCAAAACAACCCCUACCGCCUCAUCUUCCUCUGGCACCCCCUCGGCAGCUCCAUGCAAAAGAUCAUUCAGGGCGAAGACCCCAACCGCGGCGGCGUCCUGCCUUACUACGGCCUGCCGCCCCUCGACACGAGCAAGAGUGCCAUCUACGUGGUUCCGGACGGGUUGAACGCGGGCUGGGCGAACCAGAACGGGGAGGACGUCUCCUUUUUCGACAACAUUCUGCAAACCGUGAGCGACGGGCUGUGCAUCGACACCAACCUCGUCUUCAGCACGGGCUUCUCCUACGGCGGCGGCAUGAGUUUCAGCCUGGCGUGCUCGCGGGCGAACAAAGUCCGUGCCGUCGCUGUCAUCUCUGGCGCGCAGCUUUCUGGCUGCGCGGGCGGGAAUGAUCCGGUGGCGUACUACGCGCAACACGGAACGUCCGACGGCGUGCUGAAUGUGGCGAUGGGAAGACAGUUGAGAGAUCGGUUCGUGAGGAACAAUGGGUGUCAGCCGGCAAACGGGGAAGUGCAGCCUGGUAGUGGGGGACGGUCUACGAGGGUUGAGUAUCAGGGAUGUCAACAGGGUAAGGACGUGGUGUGGGUGGUGCAUGGCGGAGAUCAUAAUCCGAGUCAGAGGGAUCCGGGACAGAACGACCCGUUUGCGCCGAGGAACACUUGGGAGUUCUUUAGCAGGUUCAACUAG